CCACUAUCAAUAACCCAGGACUACGACUAGGGACUACUGUCUCUACCUUCGACUUCUAGUCCCUUCUAGAGCCACCCUUCACAUGAUCAGCAUCAGAGUCAUAACAGGGUCCAUCUUAUCCCAGCCCGACCCCUCCAGGAAUCCAAUCCAUCGAACACGUCACACCCACCCCUCAUUUCAAUCAAUCAAUCCAAACCCACAGGGCCCGGGCACAGACAAAGACGCGGCUCUAACCAGUCCAAUCCCUAAUGCGGACCCCUCACUGCUGUCCACACUCGAAUUCCUUACCAUCCACUCAGUUCUAGAUUGAACUUACGAAAUAACCCCAAUUCCCACUCAAUCAUAUAUACUCAAACCUACCACAUGCUCCCUCAUUAAGAACAAUCUCUAACUUCCCCAUAACCCCCAAAAUAAACGACCAAAAACCUCAUCUACC